AUUUAUUCCGAUGCCCAACUGGCUCAAAUCAUGCAUAAAAUUGACAACGAAGGAGAAGCGAGUGUCAAAAAAGUGCACUCGUCACCUACAGCCAGAUAUUCCGCGAGCACCGCCCUUCAAGGGCAUGGAUAUCACAUUCCUAGGUACUUCAAGUGGCUCACCGACGCAUAAACGCAACGUCUCAUCCCUUGUGCUUCAUCUCGUCACAGGUGAACAAUGGAUGUUUGACGCUGGUGAAGCUACACAAGUCCAGAUCCGUCACUGCAGAACUGCUUCGAUGGGCCGGAUAAACAGGAUUUUUAUUACUCAUAUGCACGGAGAUCACAUAUGGGGCCUUCCAGGACUGCUGAGUUCUUUACUGAUUGGAAUAGAAGAGUGUAAUCAACUUCACCUGUAUGGCCCAAGUUCACUGGACGAAUGGAUCAAGAGCACAAUUCGAAUGAGCCGUACAAUACUACCCAGAAAUAAGCUUGUUUUUCAUCCGUUGGACGCCCGUCAAAAGGGUCAUUUUGUCAUCGUGGACGACGAUAACUAUACGGUUCAUGCCUGUCCCAUCAAGCACACCAUUCCAUGUUGGGGAUACGUUGUUGAAGAAAAAAAGACGAAGGGAAACAUCGACGCGGCCAAGCUGACUCUUAUGGGAAUUGCGCCAGGUCCCAUCUAUAAACAGAUUAAAGAUCAAUGGGAUCAAGAUUUGAUUGUUCUUUCAGAUGGAAUCGUACUCGAUAGAAAAUCUAUCAUGUCUGAACCGAAAGAAGGAAGAAAAUUGGUCAUCUUGGGUGAUACCUGUGAUCCGAGCAAUAUCCAAGAAAUUUCUAUGGAUGCGAACGCCAUCGUCCAUGAAUGCACUUUACCAGAAAGUAUGGCGCACUUAUCAAGACAAAGGGGUCAUUCCACAGCUACAAUGGCGGCAAAAUUUGCAUCGAAAAUAAGAGCAAAGUCAUUGGUACUCAACCAUUUUUCUCCUAGAUUCUGUGACGAUACCUUACGGAAAGAGCUAGACUUGGCUUCGAGACACUACAAAGGGAAUAUUAUCUUGGCAUCCGAUUUUGGUAUUUUUCAAGUUGCACCAAACAAAUCGAAAUCUGUUGGAUGA